AUGAAACGAUGCGCGGGCACCGGCAAGUCCCUCGUACUCAACCGCAUCCUCGCCAAGCUCUUCGAGGCCGGGGUCCCCGGCGGCGCGGUUUAUCCGACGGCGACGACUGGCCUGGCGGCGUGCCACGUAAAGGGCACCACGCUGCAGCAGUUCUCCGGCAUCGGGAAGGCGGCGGCUUGCGGCGGGUCACCGGAGGAGGUGCUCAAGGCGGUCAGGAGGCGGCCGGACGCCGUGCGGAGGUGGAAAGCGGUUCAGGUCUUGAUUGUGGACGAGAUCAGCAUGUUGGAUGGGGACACCUUCGACGCGCUCGAGUUCGUCGCACGAUCGAUCAGGGGGGUUGACGCACCAUUCGGGGGCGUUCGGAUCGUCCUCAGCGGCGACUUUUUUCAGCUACCGCCGGUGUCUCGCAAGGGGGAGCCGGAGAAGAAGCUUUGCUUCGAGGCCAGGUCUUGGAAGGCGUGCGUCCAGGAGACGGUGGAAUUGAAGCUGGUCUUCCGACAGCAGGAUAACAGUUUCGUCAAGCUCCUCAGCAAGGUUCGGUGGGGCCAGUGCACUCCGGAGGUGCUGGCAAAACUACGGAGCUGCGCCGAGAACAGCAUCACCAACGCCAAUGGCGGCGGGGGGGGAUCGUCCCCCCAAGUCGUCGUCGUCGACGACGGCAUCGAGAAGACUCAGCUCCUUACCCACAAGGCGGACGUCCUGAAGGUCAACGAGGAGCGGUUAGGCCGCCUGGACGGGGCAGAGGUCGUAUCGAAGGCCGAGAACAGAGGAAACAGGCCGGAUAUCCUCAGGCAGCUGGACGACUCUUGCUCCGCCCCGGCUACGCUGAGGCUCAAGGUCGGCGCACAGGUGAUGCUUGUGAAGAACCUGGCCACCGGCCGCGGUCUGGCCAACGGUUCGAGGGGAGUCGUCGUCCGUUUCGCGAAGUCGACGUCCAGCGGGGCCCGGCUACCCGUCGUUCGCUUCGCCUCCGGUCUGGAGGAGGUUAUACGGCCGGAAGAGUUCCACCUGUACGUCGGAGGACAGGCGGUGGCCUCGAGGAGACAGCUCCCCCUGGCCCUGGCGUGGGCUCUCAGUGUCCACAAGAGCCAAGGAAUGUCGCUCGACCGCGCCAGCGUGUGCCUGUCUCGGGCCUUCGAGUACGGCCAGGCCUACGUGGCCCUGUCCAGGGUCCGGUCCCUGGAGGGCCUCUCGGUCGUCGGCACGAUCGACCCCUCCAAGAUUAGGGCGCACCCACGGGUCGUGUCGUUCUACCGAGCCCUCAGCCGUGAGAGAAAGGAGGCGUUACGGAGGAGGGGCGGGGGGUGA